GAAGAAGAAGAAGAAGAAGAAGAAGAAACAGCAUCUACACGAAUAUGUCGAUUGUCUUUGUGCCAAAGAAACUACGAGGGAAGGCGAAAAUCAACCAAGAAACAAUACAGAGGUUGCUGGAUGAGAACGACCAGUUGAUCCGAUGCAUCGCUGAAUACAUGCAGAAAGGCCGAGCAGUGGAGUGUGUGCAAUACCAACAGAUCCUGCACCGCAACAUCGUCUAUUUGGCAACUAUAGCUGAUGCCAGUCCAGACAGCAUGCCUCCCUCCACACAUUCUACAUCUAAUGAAACGUCAGCUUCAACACCCACUGUGAAUGGGAACGGUGGGACAUCAUGAUGGCAGCUUCCAUCACAUAUGUUUAUCAUAACUAUUAUUGUUUUUCAAUAAUGUUACCCAUGCAAGGAUUAUUGAUUACUCCAAUUCAGUAAUGCUACAAUGAAGAUCAAUAUAAUGCGGAUCAAUUCUGUAAAUUCUAAAUACAAUUUUUUUGUUUGGGCUGUACAUUAAAAUGUUUUCUAUUUUUC